AUGGCGUCUGAAUUUUUGUCGAUGGGUCAAGGAUCACAUGCAUCCAGGCUUAAAGUUAUUGAACAUGUCGUACAAUGCUUGACUACGGAGAGGAGCACAUCUUCUUGUGUUCAACAAGGAUAUGUCAAACGUUAUUGGGACCACCUUUUAGAGUUAGAAAGGGGCCGGGGAAUUUUUUCAUCAGAACAAAUAGAGCGCAUGGAGAAUGAAAUAAAAAAAUGGGAACUUUUCCGUGAUAGUCAAAUUCAGAGAAGGAAACCAUCAGACUUGAAAGUUUGCUAUCUGGGCGAAUCGAACCUUCUGAACAAUCUGCAACUUCUCAUUCAGGAAGGGGUACUGUGUCGAAACGUCUGGGUGGUCGCGAAGGAUUCCAAAACUUUACAGAAUGUCCGGAACUCUGUCAGUCAAUCAAAGUUUAGAAAUGUCAGAUUGUAUGAGAGUAAGUUCUUAAGCUUUUUGGACGGUUUUGAAGGACAAUUUGACAUCAUAUAUUUUGAUCCAUGUACCUCUCUCGCUGAGAAGGACGCCUUAAGGUUGAUCGGCUAUGUCUUUUACUACAACAAAUUGAAUUCGCCAGGUGCAUUAAUUACCGUCUUUUUGUUCACCCCUUGCAAGCAGCCUGUGAGACAUGACGAUAUUCCAGAAACAGAGGGAAAGAAAAACAACAUGAAGAGAGAAUCUGAAUCAAGUGUGGAACUUGCACAUGAAGAUUAUUCAUUUGGUGACCUGUCAGAUAAAGGAGGAGAAAGAGCCAAGUUUCUGUUUGAUCAGUACUUAAGAUACAGAAACUCUCAAUUUGACACAAAAUCUCCUAGUAAGAAAAAUGAUGAGGAAAAGUAUGGCGACUAUAUUACUUAUCAAGUAAUUGACUCUGCCUCUUUGUUUGUUCCUGUUGAAAGGAUGCUAAUAUCGACUAGAAAAUCAGUUUGGAAUGAAAUAUUUUCUUUCAGUGGUGACAUUCUUGAAGAAAUAUUGCUACCAAAUUUGGAAGACAUUGCUUCAUAUAAAAAGGCUAAUGAAUCACUAGAAGAGCAAUCACAAGCUCCAAGGAAACCCAAUACUAACAUGACUAGAUGGGACCACACGGCUGGCGAGUCACAUUUGCAAAACAUCUGCUCUGUUUUGAAAUCAGCUGAGACAUUGAGGUCCCUAGGCAAAACCUGGGUUGAUGAAAUUUUUCCCCACUGGAAGAAAUCUUGUUUGCAGAAGCAUGACAUUUCAUUGCUGCUUUUAACUCCGCUCUUGUUUUCUUCACAUGAAUUUAUUUCAAGCUGUUCCAAUUCACAGUUUAAGAGUACAUGCCUUGACCCAAUUUCUCAGUGUUUUCCUGAGUGUAGCAAAAGUGAUUGUCUGUGCAAUAAAGUACAUAUACCUGGCCCUUGCACAGGAUGUUUGGUGGCUAACCUCCUUUACGGUCAGUUGGCUAACCCAUCAUUUCCUGUUAUAGAUAAGCUGCUGCGUCUCAGUUACACUUCAAAUGGCAGCAAGGUUUUUUCGGAUGUUUUUAUUUUUGACAGGUGUGAAUAUCUCUAUGACCAAUUCCCUACUGUUGAAGGUGCAUGCUAUUCUAUAUCUGAGCCCAUGCUCCAGAUGGUUUAUAGAGUGGUUUUGGAAGGCUUGAGAGAGCACCUGGCAUCAGUGUCUAAAAGUCUCUUUCAGUUUUGCGAUCAAGUUGGUAGUGGGGCUAGCUCUCCAGAAAACCUGUUGGGCCUUCCUGAGAGGCAGGUAUUGGAAGAGCCUAUCCUUCUGGAAGGAAAAGUUGUACCAUCAAGUGAAGCUGCCCUCCAUUCAGAUCACGUUUGA